CUAGCCGGCAUCGACAUGGCCUUUUACAGGUCAUGAUACCGUACAACCAUACUGAGUUCAUUGAAGAUCUCACUUACCUUAUCAAGAACAAUUUUAUCCAGAUGGAUCGUAUUGAUGAUGCCGUGGGGAGGAUUCUACUAGUUAAGUUUACGUUGGGACUGUUUGAGAACCCUCUUGCUGAUCUCAGUCUAGUCGAUGAGCUUGGUAGCCAGGCACACAGAAACGUGGCCAGAGAAGCCGUGAGGAAAUCGCUUGUACUGCUGAAGAAUGGGAAACAUGGAGAUGAUCCAUUGCUACCCCUUCCGAAGAAGGUGCCCAAAAUUUUACUUGCUGGUAGCCAUGCUGAUAACUUGGGUUAUCAAUGUGGUGGGUGGACUAUCACUUGGCAGGGAUUUAGUGGCAAUAAUGGCACACGUGGAACCACCAUCCUUAAUGCCAUCAUGUCGACAGUCGACAAACACACGGAGGUUGUCUACCUUGAAAACCCUGAUGGUGAAUACCUCCAGUCCAACAACUUCAAUUAUGCCAUUGUUGUUGUUGGUGAGCACCCUUACACGGAAAGUGCGGGGGACAGCCCAACUCUCACAAUGGCUGAUCCUGGCCCCAGUGUCAUCAACAAUGUCUGCAGUGCUGUCAAGUGUGUUGUUGUCAUCAUAUCUGGUCGGCCUAUUGUGAUUGAACCAUAUAUCUCCUCAAUUGAUGCUCUUGUGGCAGCCUGGUUACCCGGUACUGAAGGCCAAGGUUUGACUGAUGUCCUCUUUGGGGACUAUGGGUUCAGUGGAAAACUUCCUCGAACUUGGUUCAAAACUGUCGAUCAACUCCCAAUGAAUGUUGGUGAUUCGCACUAUGAUCCACUCUUGCCGUUUGGAUUUGGGCUCACAACUCAGGCAGUGGUAGCAAGGUCGAUCUCAGCUGCUAUUGAUGGAAGGCCAUAUACACUCAUUGUUAUGGUUUUGGUAUUUAUAAGUUUGUACUUUUCAGGUAUAUUUUUAACUUGA